AUGCCACCAAAAGGUAGAAGGAAUACUGGUGGGAAGAGAUUACCAGGUCAGAUGCUGGAAAACUGCUUAAAAAAGCCCAAGGUACUCAGUGUUAAGGAUAACGAUGAUUUAAACGAGGCUUUUAUUGAACAGUACAAAGCAUGGCAUGUUCGCGCAGCUGAAUGGGUUCUUGAGGAGAAUGGUCGUACUGUGGAUGAUUAUACCUCUAUUGAACCAGCGCCUGUCCCAGACCUUUCCAACGAGAUCCUUCCCAACGAGGAUCCCGAAUUCGAGGGUGAAAUGGACCUUGAUAAAUCAGAAUCAGACUUAGAGUCAAGCUCUAAUUCAUCAACGGAAUUUGGAGAGCAGGGCGACGGUGAGCAGAGCGAAGGUGGGCAAGGCGACAGUGAGUAG